CUCUUAAAAUUGUAUUUAAUAACAUUGGCAACCUACAGGAGAACUGGUGAGGUGGUGAUAAUUGUCUCUUAGCACCCCUCUACAAGGAAAUGCACUCCCUUCUUCAGGCCUGCUCUUUUUUAUGUCAGGUAGCAAAUGUAUUUUUCAUUUUCUAAGAAAAACAGCUGCCACAAUUUUGUUGCAAUGCACGGUAUAGAGUACAACUGAAUAGCAAAAAUGUAUAGAAAAAUAAAAAAUGCUAAAUGGAGCAUUCUUGAUGUCAGGAAGCCAAUCUUUAGAAGUAAUCUGAAUGAGAACAGCACAAUGGCCAGGAUCAGGAAAGAGCUCCAACACAGGAAAAAUACAAGGAAGCUGGCAUAGAGUCAGAGGGAGAAAACAAAGCAAAUGAAUCAAAUUAGUAAUUUAAGAAGAAAAUGGAAUACUGACAGUCAGAGGGCAAAACAACACAGAAUGCAGAAGCAAGUUGUAAUAAAGUAUGCAGAUGGAAAAGUUGUACAUAGUCAGAAAUAGUAACAGAAUUAAACCACAUCCAGGGAUGAUGAGGGGCUCAAUUAGAGCUGCAGUGAAGAAAAGUAAUUAUCAAAAGUUGCUCAUCUACACAAAACUUGUGUUUCCACUCAUCUGGAACCCUGUCCAAGCAAAGCAGGCAUGAUUUAGCUCCUUAAAUAGCUCACUGCUUGCUUGAAUUACAGCUUCAGUGAGGGACACACACACACUUCUUAGAGAAGCGACAACCUUUUUGCCUUCGUACAAGAGCAUAAGCACAACAGGUGCUUUCUGCCCAGCUGGCACAACAGACAAAUACACACAGAAAUAACAAUCACCUGGAAACAAAUUCAGUAACAUCUCUGUUAGAAAAACAUCCAUCUUUCAGAUACAACAAUCUUAUACUAAAGAAGUGCUAAAGAAACAAUGAAAACGUAAUCAGUUCUUACAGGAAACAAAUACUGACAGGCAAAGAACAGAGGGUUAACUACUACAGGUGGCUGGCCACACAAAAGAAGAUCCUGUUUGUGUUCUCGUCUCCUAGCAGUUGGCACCUGUAAACACCUACAGGAGCCUGCCUGCUGCCGCCAUUACACCUGGAGCAGUUAUGGCAUUUGGGAACACUCAUUCAUACAGCUGAACUGCCAAAACUGGGUAACCAGGUAACUUUCUUCUUCAUCACAUAAUUUUGCAUAGAGAGCCUGCAGUAUCACUGAGGUGGAAACUGAACCAAUCCUAAAAAGCUGGUGAAGGAAAACAGGUAAAUAUUUACUAUUACCCCAAGCUGGAGCUGCUGAGAUGGACUGUCAGCUGUACAGCACAUAAACACAGAUUUUUCAACAGAUCAUGAAUCCAGGAGAGAAAACAAUUUUCCAGGAAUACCUGACAAAUCAGGGGACUGUGGUAAAGCCCUACUGCUGGCAGAGACAGAACCACACCUGUAGGAGAUGUCCCUACCACAUACGGACUGGGGAAGAAGCAAGAGUCUCUUAUGCAGAAUUUCACAGGGUCUUUGGCUUCCCAUACAGGUCAACAGCAACUACCCAAAACAAACACCUUCUCUUCUAUGAACUGAGGAGUUUCUCAGGCAAAGUAGUCCAAAAAGGCCAUGCUACAAACUGUACUGACCAAGACAACCAUCCAGAAUCUAUGCUGUUUGAGGUGGGUGGUUAUCUGGAUGCAGUUACAGAUGCCUAUGAAAAUAUCAGAUGCAUCAUUCUCUAUUCAAAUUACUCUCCUUGUAAUGAGGCUUACCACUGCUGUGUAAGCAAAAUCUACAACUUCUUGCUUAAGUAUCAAGAAGUCACACUCUGCAUCUGUUUCUCUCAGCUUUAUCACACUGAGGACAGUUUCCCCACUGCCAUAUGGAACCGUGAAGCUUUGAGGAGCCUCUCCAGCCUGUGGCCUCGGGUGACUCUGCAGAGACUGCCUGGGAGAGCAUGGCAUUACCUCCUCUGCAAUUUUGUGUAUGGCAUCCCAGGGUCAACACUUCAUCAUUCAACUCAACCAUCAAGAACCUUAGCAGAUAGACAAAAUUCACACCAAAUUAACAAUUUGACAGGAAUGAAACCAUACUUUAGCAAAGCCUUUCCACAAGAAAUUCAGGGAAAGCCUCCUGUGCUGCAGAAAUUAAAGGCCUUUUCUUCUCCUAGCCCAGCCUCUCAACAGCCUUUUCAAAUGCUGAAAGGCAGUCUCCUACCUCCCAUGUCUCAAAGCCACUCAGUGCUCUUCCCAGGAAUGUUUCUGCCCUUUCAGAGGGAACAUCUAUACUCCACACCUAAAAAUAUCAUAAGGCAUUUAAAAAUGCCAAAGGAGUAAAUCAAUUAAACUCCUAAUUUUGAAAUGUUUCCAAGCAGCAGACACCUAAAGACAAUACAAAUUCAACCACUUUUAGACUGCAAAACUGAGAUCAUAGAUGGCAAAAGACCUUCAUGAAUAAAGUCACCUCCUACAAAAGUUAGCCCACAGAAUAACUGUGGGUCCACAAUAAUUGAUUAUGAAGAUAAUAUGCUUUUAUUUUAGUCCUGUAUCUUUCAAACAUAAACCCAUAGCAGUAAAACCAAAACCUGUGUAUCUUCUGAUUACCUCCUGCUAUUAAUUUAUUUGUUGCCCUUAAGCCAGUUUCUACCA